AUGGCGUCAGCUUUAUUACCAUUCCCUCAACUAACAAGUGAUAACUACAACCUACAACAAGUUGAAAUAUUAACAGAAACGGACGGCGUGAAAGAAGUGUUAACUACGAGUCAAGAGGACUAUGACAAACUUGAUAUUAACAAUAAAGUUAAGUAUGACAAGUCAGAAUCAAAAGCAAAAUGUAUUAUAGUACAAUGCAUGACCGACAAGCAUAUAGAAUAUAUAAAAGAUGCAAGAACUGCAAAAGAAAUACUCCGGAGUUUGAAAAAUGUUUUUGAGAGAAAGAGUACUUUCUCAAAGCUGUAUAUUGUUACGAUAACGCUGCCGCCCGAAUAG